AGCUCACAGUUCCCCCUAUAAUACCAGCAACGCUCAGUUGAUUGACUGGUUGUAAACACAUUUGUUACCCCACCCCCAGCAGAUUUGGUUGUCCUUGGCUCUCCACCAGCACCCCACUUUGCAGGGAACGCGCCGCGCUUAAACCAGCCGAACUGCCAAGCGGUGAAUAGAUUUUCGAGGGGCUCCGAGCUUCCCUCUCCGUGGCCUCCCGGCCUCCCGGGCCUCGCUGCCUCCCCGCGCAGCCCGAGCCCUGCGCCGCCGCCGCCGCUGGCCCUGCAGAUCAAGGAAGCCCGCAGCCAGCGCCCCCGAGGGGGUGUCGCCGGCCGCCGGGAGCUCCCUACCUGUUUAGUGAACAGUUGGGAGUCCGCGGCUGGAAGAAUUAAUUAGGGACGUGCUGUUUUCUGGGCAGCACGAAGCUUGGGUAGAGGCAUCCAAACCUUUGCCGGCCGCGCUAUUUUAUUUUUACUACAUUUUCUCAGGUUGUAAAAAUAGUCGCCAGGCGGGUUCUUUCUGAGAGUUUCUAGCAAGGAGCGCAUUCAAGGCCAGGCAGGCUCUAUAACAGGUUUCUCUUUAAACAGCCAGAGGUGAGCGGUGAGAACGUGGUCCCCCUGGGCUCCUUAUUCAUCUCCAUCAAGAGCCCUUCAGCCAGAGACAGGGGCAGGGGCCGCCUUAAUGCAGAUUUAUGAGUCCCCCCCCCCCCCACCAGGAGCGUGGGGACACUGGCUGGGGGCUUCUGCCGGGAGCCCAGGUGAGCCACCAGCCCUCUCUGGACAAUGUCCACUUCCCCGGUUUGUCAUUUCUGGCAGGUGUGUGUUUGUGUCUAGGCCGAGGACGGGGUUUCAUGGAAAAGUGAUUAACUCUUCAGAGACCUUCCGUGAGGAUGUCAGGUGUUGUUGCUAAUGAGCUCUCUCUCCUCCCCUCUUAACAAUGAAAGACAAGCCAGCCCCGGGUACCUGGAUGCAUUGAGAGCGGGAGUGUGAGAAACUUCAUAAUAAGUUGCCGAUGGCUACCAGCCAAGGCCGGAGGGUUGUUUUGCGGUUGUGCUGAGCCCAUCACACAUUAAGGGUCCUUUGAAGAACCUGGAUUGAUUGGAGGGACAAAAAUUAGAAGCAAUCUGAUCCCGCCUCGUGCCGGAUCCCCGCGGAUUUGCUCCUUAUCCCAUUUCCAUCCGCUGUCACAAUUUGAGAGCCUGCCUGAUUUGAUCAGAUUCACCUCCGGGAGAGGUGUAAUGCCAAGGUUAGGAGGACGCCAAGUUAUGGGCAACUUUUUGAUCUGCCCAUCAGCAGUCUGAGAAACGCCGGCUCUGGGUUUUCCGCAUCGGCCUUCGGGAAGAAACAGGUUCCUCGCCCUUUGCGACCCGGCAGUCGGUGCUCGAGUCCCCGGGUCAUCCAGCCACCACUGCCUGGCAGAUGUGGCCCUUCCAUGCUGAGGCCGAGAGUCCCGCCUGACCCAGUCGCUGCCUCUCCAGCGCCCGUCCGGGCCACGCCCCUGCGGACUGCUCAGCCAUGCUGCCCCUGCUGGCUCUGUUCCUGCACUGCCUCCCACUGGCCUCUGGGGACUACGACAUCUGCAAAUCCUGGGUGACCACGGAUGAGGGCCCCACCUGGGAGUUCUAUGCCUGCCAGCCCAAGGUGAUGCGGCUAAAGGACUACGUCAAGGUGAAGGUGGAACCCUCAGGCAUCACGUGUGGAGACCCCCCUGAGAGAUUCUGCUCCCACGAGAACCCCUACCUGUGCAGCAACGAGUGUGAUGCGUCCAACCCAGACCUGGCCCACCCGCCCCGGCUCAUGUUCGACAGGGAGGACGAGGGCCUGGCCACGUACUGGCAGAGCGUCCCCUGGAGCCGCUACCCAAGCCCCCUGGAGGCCAACAUCACCCUCUCGUGGAACAAGAGCGUGGAGCUGACGGACGACGUGGUGGUGACCUUCGAGUACGGCCGGCCCACGGCCAUGGUCCUCGAGAAGUCCCUGGACAACGGGCGCACGUGGCACCCCUACCAGUUCUACGCCGAGGACUGCACGGAGGCCUUCGGCAUGGCCCCCCGCCGGGCCCGCGACCUGCCGGCGUCGGGCGCCCACCGCGUGCUGUGCACCGAGGAGUACUCGCGCUGGGCGGGCUCCAAGAAGGAGAAGCACGUGCGCUUCGAGGUACGGGACCGCCUGGCCAUCUUCGCCGGCCCCGACAUGCGCAACAUGGGCAACCUCUACACGCGCCUGGAGAGCGCCAAGGGCCUCAAGGACUUCUUCACCCUCACGGACCUGCGCAUGAGGCUGCUGCGCCCGGCGCUGGGGGGCACCUAUGUGCAGCGGGAGAACCUCUACAAGUACUUCUAUGCUAUCUCCAACAUCGAGGUCAUUGGCAGGUGCAAGUGCAACCUGCACGCCAGCCUGUGCUCCGUGCGCGAGGGCAGCCUGCAGUGUGAGUGUGAACACAACACCACGGGCCCCGACUGCGGCAAGUGCAAGAGGAACUUCCGCACGCGGUCCUGGCGCGCUGGCUCCUACCUGCCGCUGCCCCACGGCUCUCCCAACGCGUGUGCCGCCGCAGGCUCUGCUGUUGGCAGCAUCGGUAGGCCCCGGAAGGACCCCAUCCCCAAAGCCCCUGUGGCCACCGUGGCCAUGAGAGGGGCCCCCAGCACUCUUGCCCUCUCCACAUCCGCUGCGCGGGGCCCCGGGGCCCCCAGCACCCCACAGCCCACAGAGUGGAUCAGGCCAUCUACAGCUGCCCCCCUCGGGGAGAGCUCCCCCGGGCCCCAGAUGCCCUCCAGUGCAGAAGUUGUGGGCACCUUUGCUGCUGCCCCCGCCCCUGCCCCGGCCUCCAGACCUUUCCAGCUCAAGCCCAAAUCUGCUGAAGUGGUGCCCAUUGAAGAAUUCCAAGGGGGCUGUGCGAGAGGAGGCCCUCUGUCGCCAAUCACGUUUGCAGAACAGCUCAGGCUAAUAAUAAAAGACUGUGAGUGUUACGGCCACUCCAACCGCUGCAGCUACAUCGACUUCCUGAACGUGGUGACGUGUGUCAGCUGCAAACACAACACGCGAGGCCAGCACUGCCAGCACUGCCGUCUGGGCUACUAUCGCAACGGCUCCGCCGAGCUGGACGACGAGAACGUGUGCAUCGAGUGUAACUGCAACCAGAUCGGCUCCGUGCACGACCGGUGCAACGAGACCGGCUUCUGCGAGUGCCGCGAGGGCGCAGCGGGACCCAAGUGCGACGACUGCCUCCCGACGCACUAUUGGCGCCAGGGCUGCUACCCCAACGUGUGUGACGAUGACCAGCUGCUCUGCCAGAACGGCGGCACCUGCCUGCAGAACCAGCGCUGCGCCUGCCCGCGCGGCUACACCGGCGUGCGCUGCGAGCAGCCCCGCUGCGACCCCGCCGCGGAGGACGGCGGCCUGGACUGCGACCGCGCGCCCGGGACCGCCCCGCGCCCCGCCACCCUGCUCGGCUGCCUGCUGCUGCUGGGGCUGGCCGCCCGCCUGGGCUGCUGAGCCCGGCCCGGAGGGGACCCUGCGCCCGGGGGGCGGCCCUGGGGGCUCGAGGGCCCGGGGGCCGGCGCCCGAGGCCGGGCGGCGAGAAGGGUGCGGCCCGAGCUGCUCCCAGGUGCUACACAGCAGAGCCCUCCCGCCUCCUCCCGCCGCGGUCAGUGGCACCUGCCCCCGCCCCGGCACUGCCCUCCGCCGCCGCAGGGGGCGCUGUGGGGGCUCUGGCCCCAGCCGCCUGCGAUUUGGGUCUUAGGUUUUCUUUUGUAUCACCCGCCGCCCUCCACCCCCUUUUUUUUUUUUCUUUUUUGCUGGUGGUGAGACAGCGGGUGGGGAGAAAUUCUCACCUCAACACCUCCAGGUCUGCCUCCCAACACACACACACACACACACACACACACACACACACAUAUGCGACUGUUGCAGACACCCCCUGCGCCUGUCCCUGGCUUACCAUAGGCCAGCGGACCCCGAACUCCUGUUGCCUACAACUCUUCUUUCUUUGUUUUCCUUUGCAACCCACCAGACUCCGUGAGGCCUGGUGACCAAGGAACUCACCGUCUGGGGGAGGGAGUUAGGAAGGAGGGUUGGGAAGGCUGGAAACUUGGUUUUGUAGAGAACUAUUUUUGUUUGUAUUCACCGGCCCCUCUAAGGGGGACACGAGCCGGAACAGGUGGUUGAUGGUGUAUAAUCCGCCAGAGUAAAGAGUCUGCUCACUGCUG